GUAUGUCGCUAUCCAAGGUAUUGCAGUUUGUAGAUGAUAAAGAUCUUGAGUGUGCCAUCUGCCUUAGCAGGUUUGACCAACCAAAAAUACUGAAAUGCAUGCACACCUUCUGUCAACAGUGUAUCCAGAAAUGGAUGGAAAAUCAUGGAAAAAUGAAGUGUCCAACAUGUAGACAAGAACAUGAUUUAACAAAAGAUGAUUUAAAACAACUUGCUUCAAAUACAAUGAUAGGUAAGGUACUAGAGUAUGUUGCUAAAACAGAAGAACAGAAACCAACUAAAUGCUCUGUCUGUGACAAUACACCAGCAUACCACUGCUCAACAUGUCAAGUGUAUCUGUGUGGAGGUAAUUGUUUCAAACAACACAAGAUACUACCUUCCACAAAAGAUCACCCAAUUUACACACUAGACAUAAAGAAACAAGAGGACAAACAAACCAAAUGUCCAGUUCACUGCAACACCACACUGGAAUUCUAUUGCUCUACUUGCAACAAAUCAGCAUGUAAGCAAUGUGAAGACGUUCUUCUCUGUUAUCAAAAACAACAUGAAGUUAUUCUAUUGUCAGAUGCUGUACGUGAGUUUAACAAAGAUGUCAAUAACGUUUUCAAGUCAGCUCAUGAAUUUAAAAGAAAAUUAUCUGAACACCUAGAAUUCACAACUACAGAUAGAUCAGUAUUUGAUUUAUGCAGAACAGCCAUCAAAAUUCAUGAAGCUAUACUCAUCAAGAAGGUUACAGAAAAAAGCCAAAAACUAUUGUCGAACCUGGAAGAAAUAUACAAAGAAAAAAACAAAGACAUUGGUAAUAUUAAUUCAAAGAUUAUUGAAGUAAAUAAUCUAAUGGCCUCAAUCAAUACAAUGAUAAACAAACCAGAAGAAAGAGAAACCCUUUCAUCACAUGAAGCCGUUAUCAACAAUGAAAGAGACAUAUUCUUAGGAACAGAUUUUGAACAGUCAUUUCAAAAGAGAAGUGUAACUCCAAUUUUCAUUCCAUCUACACACUUGGAUGAGUUAAUAAAUACAGUGGGAAUUGGUAAACUCACAACUGCUGAUAGCAUAACUUACACAGUUGAUGAAAAUGAUGAACAAAUUACUGUCACAAGAGGUCAAGCAUUUGUAGUGAACAAUGAUGCAUGCCAAUUAGCUGCAGCUUCAACUGAUUCAUCAGAUGAAAAAUCAGCAACUAGUGUAGAAUAUCAGGGAAGUGGAGAGUACAAAAAAGAGGAUAAAUGCAGUGAUGUGGAAGGUGAUUGGCAAACUACUAGAGCUGUGCACAUCAAAGGAUCUCCAGUGAAUGUCAAUGACGUGGGAACACUGGGAAUUGUUCAUACUAUUGAUAACAUAUCAGAUUAUAAAGAACAUAACAUAGAGAAUGUCACAGAUGUAGUGUUAGAUACAGAAGGAAACAUAUUAGUAUCAAGCUUUAGUAAAGAUAUAUUAAAAUUCAACCAAUCAGGUUCAUUUGUUACUAGGAUACAGGUGCCACAAGAUGUGCAGGUCUAUAGAAUGCAUCAAAUGGGUGAUGGUCACAUAGUGUAUACUGAUGUUUUACGAAAAUGUGUUGUAAUGUGUGAUGAUAAAUUUCAAGAAAUCCAAUCAUUUGGCAAAGGAAUAAUAAAAUAUCCAAUUGGCUUAACAGUAAACAAUGAAUUAAGAGUACUGUAUGUAGCAGAUGAUGAAACUCAUUGUGUGUUUAAAUUUAAUGUUGAUGAUGGUAGCCUGCUGGGUAAGAUAGGCUCAGAGGGUAGUGAAGUAUGUCAGAUGAAUGAGCCACAAGAUGUCACUUUAACUAAGGAAGGUCAUGUGAUUGUUGCUGACUUGGUAAAUCAAAGAAUACAAAUGUUUGAUGCAAGUGGUAGGUUUAUGAGAAUCCUUGUAGGCCAAGGUGGAGAAGAUAGUGAAAUUGUGAAUCCUUAUGGUGUGACCAUGGAUGAGGAUGAAAAUCUAAUAGUAUCAAGUAACCACAAAGUACAAUUAUUUGACAAAAAUGGCAUGUUCAUAAAACGAAUAGACGAUGGUGGUUUAGAUAUUCCAUGUGGAAUCACAGUAAUCUCCAAAAGACCAAGGAGAGUGGCAGUAGCGGACCACGGAGCAAACAAUGUUAAAAUAUUCAAUUAUUAAAAUGAUAUUGAAAUACUCCUUCAAGGCUUCAGCCUCAUUAAUAUAUACAUAUCUACAGUAUUUUAAUAUAGUAAUCAGUAUGCUUGGUAUUACACAUUAUCUACAGUAUUUUAAUAUAGUAAUCAGUAUGCUUGGUAUUGCACAUUUCGUCAGAUUACAAAGUAAAUUCAUGGGAAUAAUUAUUAUAAUAUAAUAUUUACAAUAAUAAUAUAAUAAAUUUCUAUGUUUAUACAUCAACUACUAUCGUUGGUAAUUAUCAUAACUAUUAAAUCAGAGAGUAAUUUUGUUACAUAUGAGUAUUCUAAAACUACAUUCAUGCAUUUAUGAAGUAGUAUAUAAUUAAUAGGUAAAAUAGAAAGCUCAAAAAUAGUCCUACAACUAGAUUAUAAUAAUAAAUAAACUUAAAAAUUAAUUUUAUUAUAAUUAUGUUUUAUUGUUUCUUUUAUAUUUGUAAUUUGUGUGGAUUUUUGUUGUUUCUUUAGUGUCUAGAAUGUAUCUUGUAAACAUCAUGUGAUAUAAAUAAGAAAAUAGAUUAUGAAUAAAGUAUAUAAG